AUGUCUGAAGAAAACAUUACCACAGUGGUCAACACAUUUGUAUUUGUAGAUUUAACAAGCAACCCCAAGCUGCAGACCAUUCUCUUCCUACUGUUCCUGCUUAUUUAUACAGCCACCUUGGUUGGAAAUCUGGGAAUUAUUGCCUUAAUAAGAUCUAGUCCCCGACUUCACACACCAAUGUACUUCUUUCUCAGUAACCUUUCUUUUCUGGAUGUGUGCUUCUCAUCUACAGUUACAUCUAAGACAUUAGUGAACCUUCUGAUAGAGAAAAAAUCAAUAUCUCUGAUUGGAUGUGCUAUGCAAAUGUACUUCGUAAUAGGUUUGGGGAGCACAGAGUGCUUUCUACUUGCUGCCAUGGCAUAUGAUCGAUAUGUGGCUAUUUGUAAACCACUGCUGUACCCAAGCAUCAUGUCCCCUCGAAUUUGUAUUCUUUUGGUGAUUGGGUCAUAUGUACUUGGACUUUUGCAUUCUCUUGUUCAAACAGUCUUUACCUUCAGACUGUCCUUCUGUGGAUCUAAUAAGAUCAGUCAUUUAUACUGUGAUAUUAGUGCACUUCUAUUACUCUCCUGUUCUGAUACCUAUCUCAAUGAAUUACUGAUUUUUUGUGUUGCUGGCUCAGUGGAAACAAUCACUGUUUUGAAAAAAAAUCAUACUUCUGUGACAAUGUUCAUCCUUCUGGGCUUCACGGAAAAUCCAGAGCUUCAUAUUAUCCUAUUCCUGGUGUUUCUUCUGAUAUAUCUUGUCACUUUAAUAGGGAAUAUUGGCAUAAUUAUAUUAAUCAGGGUAGAAUCCCAUCUCCAUUGUCCAAUGUACUUUUUCCUCAGUCAUUUGUCCUUUGUUGACAUUUGCUAUUCCUCAUCCAUCACACCCAGAUUUCUCAUCGACUCUGUAUCUACGAUGAAAGAAAUUUCUCUUGCUGAGUGUGCAGUUCAGAUGUACCUAUUUGUUAUGUUUGUUGUAACUGAAUCUUUUAUCUUGGCUGUGAUGGCAUAUGACCGCUAUGUGGCUAUUUGUAAUCCCUUGUUGUAUACAGCUGUUAUGUCUAGAAAGCUGUGCAUCCAACUUGUAGCUGGUUCAUAUAUCGGUGGCAUUGUUUGUGCCCUUGUGCAUACUUGUUCUGCUUUUAGGUUAGAUUUCUGUGGGCCAAAUGCCAUCAAUCACUUCUUUUGUGACAUUUCCCCAGUACUGGAUCUCUCCUGCUCUGAUAACCACACCAAUAAAGUGCUUCUUUUCAUUUUUGCUACAUUUGUGGAAACCAGCACCAUAAUAAUAAUCCUCAUGUCUUACUUGUUCAUUAUUACAUCAGUAUUGAAGAUCCAGUCCAACAAAGGGAAAUACAAAGCCUUCUCUACCUGUGCCUCCCACUUCACAGCCAUCUCCAUAUUCCAUGCUACUAUUCUCUUCAUGUAUUGCCAGCCUAAUGGUACCCACUCAUUAGAUACGGACAAAAUUGCAUCAAUAUUCUACACAAUGGUGAUUCCCAUGCUGAAUCCUAUAAUCUACAGCCUGAGGAACAAGGAAGUGAAAGGUGCCUUCAGGAGACUGGUGGAUAAAACCCACUUUUAA